CACAAAACAAAAGUCAAAAGCAAAACGUCACGUCACGUCAUCAAAAUUAAAUCAAAUUGUGAAGUUGGUUUUACUUGGUAAAUAAAAAUAAUAAUAAGUUAAAGUUUCAUAGGAAUAUAUGAAGCAAAUAUAUAAAAAUGGUAGAUGAGGGAACAAAGAAAACUCUAAGCAGCAUACCGCUACUAAAAACGAAAGCAGGACCUCGGGACAAAGAGUUAUGGACGACAAGAUUAAAAGAGGAAUAUCAGGCGUUAAUUAAGUAUGUACAAAAUAAUAAAGAGGCAGACAAUGACUGGUUCAGGCUGGAGUCUGAUAAAACUGGCACAAGAUGGUUCGGAAAGUGUUGGUUUGUCCACAACCUGCUGAAGUAUGAGUUUGAUUUGGAAUUUGAUAUACCUGUAACUUAUCCAACCACAGCACCAGAAUUAGCCUUACCAGGGUUAGAUGGUAAAACCGCAAAGAUGUACAGAGGUGGAAAAAUAUGUCUCACAGACCACUUCAAACCACUAUGGGCUAGGAAUGUGCCUAGAUUUGGCAUUGCUCAUGCUAUGGCUUUAGGUCUUGGCCCGUGGCUUGCGGUUGAAGUUCCAGAGCUAAUUGAAAGAGGUGUUGUGAAAUAUCAAGAGAAAAGUGAAGAAGCUAAAUAAAGGGACUUUGUGAAUGACACAAUUCCAUGUACAUUACCACUUUGCCACUAAGUUUCAAUCAAUUCAAUGUUCAGUUAACUCUCAAAUUUCACCUCUGAGAGAAACUAUGUAUAAUUUUGAUCUGCUAGUAUACAUAAUGAAUUGUUUGCUUAUAAUACAGUCUUGUAAAUAUUAUAUAUUUAUAUAACUAUUA